CGACUCAAAGCAACGAUAGCUGUCAAAUGUUGAAUAGAAAAAGAAGACGCGGAAUAAUAGAGAAACGCAGACGAGAUCGAAUUAACAGCUCUCUUUCCGAGCUCAGAAGACUAGUCCCUGCAGCUUUUGAGAAACAGGGAUCGGCGAAAUUAGAAAAAGCAGAAAUUCUACAACUUACAGUUGAUCAUUUGAAAAUGUUACAUGCUAAAGGUUUCGAUGCCUUAUCUUUUGAUCCUCACAAAUUUGCCAUGGAUUAUCACAGCAUAGGCUUCCGCGAAUGUGCUUCGGAGGUGGCACGUUACCUUGUGGCAAUUGAAGGAAUGGACUUGCAAGAUCCACUGAGGGUCAGACUCAUGAGCCACCUUCAGUGCUAUUCGGCCCAGAGAGAACUGUCUAUGAAAACUUCCGUCCAGCAUCCCUGGAACCCUUCUACAUUUGGGUCUACUCUUCCCCCGGCUCCUACGCCUCAGUACCCAGGUCCUUCAGCCUCAAUGGGACCACAAGUCACCGAGGCUCCUUUACAAAGUACUUAUAACUGUUCCGAACCUCCUAGAUUAGGACAACCAAUGGAUAAUGCAUUCGGCUCUGCAACUCACUAUCCACGUGUCUCAAAUCCGUCCACCGUCAAUACCUCAUCCACACCUUCAGCAAGUAUGGCGCUAGUCCAGCAUCCACCACCAGGACCUGCUAUGGUACCCUCACUACCACAGAUGGCUAGUUCUAACCAGUAUCUUGGUGGACAUGGGUUUUCAAGUGGGGGUUAUGGUGCCGGUCCUUUUAACCAGCACGGUAGCUCUACAGGAAGACCUUACAGACCUUGGGGAGCGGAGCUUGCUUACUGACUAUAGGCUAGCUAUACUGACUAUAGGAGCUUGCUUACUGACUAUAGACUGACUAUGAAAAACCUUGUUUGGAGUUCUUUGAUGGUGGCAUGAACUUGAAUCAGUGAAACAUAUUUUACGAAUAUAUAGCUAAUUUUUCAAAGUAAAAAACAAAAUACAAUUACAAGAAGUAUUUACAAAAAUUUUAUAAGUAUAAUGAAAGAUAAUGUAGAUAAAAGUGAUUUAGUAUAAAAAUAACCGUCCUAAAAUUAUUAAUACGUUAAAGCUUGCAAUUAACUUAUACCCAGCUGAAAUACUAUCAUAUUUUGAUUUGGCUUUUCUGUGAGUUCUUAAGAUUUUUAAAAAGUAUUCUUGAGCUCUCAUAUGAAACUCUUUCUCAAGUAUAAUUUCUGCAGGUAUGAGAAAGGCAGCAGUUUAAGGUAUGAGAAAGCAGAUAUGAGUAAGCAGGUAUGAGAAAGUCUAAGCGUCCAUUCAGGCAUACCUUUUGUCUUUGUUUUAGAACCGUCCAUUCUUUGGACGAAUAAAACGAGAGUUUUGGAGCUAUUGAAAAUUCUACGGCCAGCAGCACAUGAACAUAAAACACAAUUUCAUACAAUAAGUUUCUGAUUAUUAUUUCAAUAAGAUGUAAGAUUCCUAUCUUUUAAGUUACAGCUAAAGUUGAGAAACCUUAAGAACUGGUAAGCGAAUAAUCGCUUUAUUUCAGUAGACGGAGAACAGAUACUCGAGAAGGGUUAAAUACCCUUUAUUAUUCCAAAAUAAAGUUUAACAGUCGGCUCCUUCUUGGAGUUUACAAUAAAGCUUCCACUCGGGCUUGAAUUCAGGAAAACUAAGGAAUAAAGCUUAAGUAAACUUAAAUAAAAAGAUAUAGCCGAAGCUAUCAAAAUUCUAACAGAGUUGGCCCCUUAACGCUAACUAACGGCGAAGCUAUCAAGGGCCUAAAGUACGGCCGAGCGUACUAAUAGCUUUAGAGAGAAUACAGCCAAAAGGCUAAUUCGUGCUGCAUAGAAUCUCUGGCUCUCUAACGAAGUCAUCAAAACUUCACAGUUAAAUACUCUUUCUCCUCAUUUGCAUUUGACCGCGAUUCUGCAAAUACGUUCUGGCCGGAAGUUGUAAGAUGAAAUUCA